AUGAAGCUAAUCAUCGUUCUCUUCCUUGCAGUCCUCGUUUUAGUGGGUUCCAGUGAAGGAAAGCGUACUUGGAAACAGACAAUCGAUCCAGGGAAGUGCAAAGCUGCCAUUACAAUGUAUGGCUACAACAGUAAAACACAUCGCUUUGAGAAGUUCAUCUACGGUGGUUGCGGUGGCAACAAAAACAGGUUUGACACCCUGGAGAAGUGUCAAAAGAACGUACUUGCAAACAGAAAAUCGAUCAAGGAAGGUGCAAGGCUUAUGUUGCAGUGUAUGGCUACAGCAGUAAAACACGUCGCUGUGAGAAAUUCUUCUACGGUGGUUGCGGUGGCAACAAAAACAGGUUUAGAUCCCUGCAAAAAUGUCAAAAGAAAUGCGAAAAGAAACGACAUGGUCGACAUCAUCGAUUUUAAGAACCUUUAG